AUGAUUGAUUCAAUAUUUUGCCACUUACAAGCUCUCCUGUGUGCAGCCCGGUGCAACCCAUUGGGUCUAAGUUCUACAACUGUAUGCGAGUCAAAUCCUAACUUCCUGGGAGGAUUAGGUUUAGGCGGACUCGGCGGGUAUGGCGGCCUCGGUGGAAUGGGAGCUACAACAGUCUGUGGAUCAACACCGAACAUGGGACUCGGCUUAGGCGGUCUGGGAAUCGGCGGUUAUGGACUUGGUGGACUAGGACUAGGCAGCCUAGGCUUCGGUGGUCUCGGUGGAGUAGGAUCCAUAUGUCUUCUCCUGCCAUCAGUAAUGCUGCUGCCAAGUCUCGGGAUUGGCUUCAACACAGAUCGCCACGAGAUGCUUAUCAAAUACAAUCUGACUCCAAGGAUUCCUCUAUUAUUCACCAAAACUGUGUUAGAAGAUGAUACUCAGUAA